AUCAUUUUUCCAAAAUUUCAUGCACCAAACUUCACAAAAUAUUUUCAGAAACUUCUCUUUUCCUUCUUCAGAAACUUCUAAUAUUCACUACAUUUAUUUAUGUAACCAUAAACACCUGAUUUUUCCCUGCAUUUUUUCAAGAUUGUGUUUUUACUAAUUUUAACUCAAGAAAACAAGAAAAUGGAUUGUGGUUUCAAUUGGGAAUACAAUUCAUUAAUCAAUGAAUUAAUACAAGGGAUGGAACAUACUAAACAACUUAGAGCUUAUUUCAGCUCUACAGUUUCUUCUGAUAAAAUUCAAGAAUUGCAUUUACAUAUGCAAAUUAUUCUUUCUUCAUUUGAGAAUUCUCUGUCAAUUCUCAAAUGGACUGAUUCAAUAACACAAACCCCACAAGUUGUAGUAGCUCCUCCACCUUCUAUUUCUGUUGAUGAAAUUAGUCCUAAAACUGAUGACUUGAAUGGAAAUUUCAAAGAUAAUGAUCAAGACCUGAGAUAUGUUUCAAAGAAGAGAAAACAGUUGCCAACAUGGACAGAACAAGUCAGAGUUAGUGCAGAAAAUGGAUUUGAAGGGCCUACUGAUGAUGGAUAUAGUUGGAGAAAGUAUGGACAAAAAGACAUUCUUGGUGCUAAAUAUCCCAGGAGUUACUACAGAUGCACAUAUAGACUAAUGCAAAACUGUUGGGCAACAAAGCAAGUGCAGAGAUCUGAUGAUGAUCCUGCACUAUUUGAAAUCACAUACAAAGGUUCACAUACUUGCAACCAAGCAUUUAACUCUGCUGCACAACCAACAUCACCAGAGAAACAUGAAUUCAAGAAACAAGCCAACAAUCCAAAAAUAGUACAAUCAAACCAGAUGCUCGCGAACUUACAAGCAAAUUUGAGAGUGAAUACUAAUGACUUGAACAAGAAAGAGACAACAUGUUCCUUCCCAUUUUCACCUACAUUCUCUGGUUUCGUAGACGAAAACCUGCAUUUUCAAGUGUCUCAAGUUGAUGACAAUUUGGUAGGAGGUUAUUCGCCGUCAUUCGUCUCUCCUACAACCCCAGAAUCAAGCUACUUCUCAUUACCUAGCUGCCAAAUGAAUGGUUCGCGACGAAUUCACAGCUUACACCAUUCAGAAUCAGAUCUUCCUGAUUUAUUCUCUGCCAACACUUCAUCAACAAGCUCUCCAAUUGUUGGCUUGGAGUUUCCACUUGAACAUGUGGAGUUAGAUCCAAAUUUCCCAUUUGAUAACUCAGAGUUUUUCAGAUAAACUCAAAUUAGUAAUGUCAAAAAGGAACAAUAAAGAGGAAAAGUUGGGUUUUUGAUCACUAAAUCAACUCAUUAAGGUUGAUGAUUUCUUCCUUUUGGAAGUAGUAGUAUAGACGUUUUUGUAUAAAUUAACAAGAACUAUAGUAUUUGUAUCAAUAUAGCUUAGUAUUUUUGAGCUUCCA